AUGUCACCACGAGCCAUUGUUAUUGAUAGCGGGUCCGGGUUCACCAAGGCUGGAUUUGGCGGCGACCGGCAGCCUCUCAGAGUAUUCCCAACUACAAUCCAAUAUCCUACUAGGACGAAAGAGAACAGGAACACUGAUAUCUGGAUGACCACUUACAACGUCGGCCAUGCCGUUGACCCGAAUUAUGAAGGCCUCAACCAACCUCUAUACCCGAUCAGAGCAGGUGGCGUGAUCACGAACUGGCAAGACGCAGAUAGGAUAUGGAACUAUGCUUUGGCAGAGUUGGGAGCCUCCAUACCGCUCUCCCAUCAUCCAAUCAUCAUGACAGAACCACUCCAUCUCUCUCCAAGCCAGCGGAUGACCAUGGUAUCCCACGUCUUCGAAUAUUUCUCCGCGCCGGCGUACUACACGGCCUCGCCGGUUCUGCUGUCAACUUACGCGGCCAACCUACCCAUCGCUCUCGUCAUCGACUCGGGCUACGCGGGGACUUCUACUCUACCAGUAUACGAUCACGCGCCUAUCCGGAACCAUGCCCGUAGGCACGACGUUGGGGGACAAGCGAUAGACGACUGGUUGCAGCAAGCUCUCACGAAUGAAGUCGGUCUAGAGCUUCCGUCAAACGGGGCUUGGGAUGACGUUCUGUGGUUGGCCAAGACUGAACGGUGCCGCGUCGCAAAGGACUUUGAGGAGGGUGUCAUGCGGUGGAAGAAUAUGGUGGAUGACAGAGGGGAAGAAGAGAUCUGGGAUCUGCCUGACGGGAUGAAAGUCAAGCUUGACACCCCGCUGGGUUUGCGUGCGGGCGAGGUGUCGUUCAACCCUUCCAUGUUGGGGCUUGAUGUUGGUGGGCUGCAGCAUAAUGCCUUUAAUGUUAUUAUGAAGUGUGCACAGGGUCUUCGUGAAAGUCUCUGUCAAAAUAUCCUGCUUGCUGGAGGAAACACCAUGUUUCCUGGGUUCGGCGCCAGGUUGAAGUGCGAACUGGAGCGUUUAUUCGCAGAGGGUACUACUAUCAAUGCCAUCUCUCCUCGGAAUAGGGCGUAUUCCGCUUGGGUUGGGGGAUCCAUCAUGAGCGAACUUUCGACGUUUGAAAGGAUGUGUGUUAUGAGGGCCGAGUACGAAGAGGUAGGGCCCGAGAUAGCAAACAAGAAGUUUCUUUGA